AUGCCUCACACUCCGCCGCCGAAUAAGAAGUUGAGCAGGGCGACGAGCCUCGACUCGCCACCCGAAAAGACUAUUUUUCGGAUUGGUAAGUUCAAAAAACUUUACUUUUAUCUAUAUCUUGACAAAAAAUUCCGCAUCAGUUGAUAAGUCUAGACACCGUCGACCUUGACCUUCCGACCACUACAUAUGGAACUACUGCGACCAACGACACCCAAAGUCAGGAGGAAUCAGGCAAGGGUUCAGUUUGGAGUGAAAUCUACAUUCCAAUUCCAGAAUAUGCUCUCCCCUCCGUUCUCUUCCCUUCAAUGCGCCUCAUGCUAGCUGCGAUGCUCUGCUGCUGCUUCAUCACACUUUCCAUUUCGUCAUCUAACCUCGCUGUCGCCCUCAUUUGCAUGACUUCUUGCCCAGUGCAUGGCUAUGGUGGAACCUUGGAAUGGCAGUCUCAACAAGAAGGCCUCGUGCUCGCUGCACAGAAUGCGGGCUCUCUUCUGAUGAUCGUUACCGGAAUGUGGGCUGAUCGAUUGAACGGCAAAUGGAUGGUCUUCAUGGGCCUAUUCCUCUGUUGCAUCGGGAACUUGAUGCUCCCGCUGCUGGCAUCCAAAUCGUUCUGGUUUGCCGUCCUGGCCAGAAUCUCCAUUGGCGCUAGUGAUGCGUGCCUAAUGCCGGCAGUCAAUUCUCUUAUCACUCGGUAGGAAGAAUCAAAUGGAGAGCGGACUAAAGACUACAUUACGACACUUUUAGAUGGUUUCCACAAGCCGAACGACCAGCUGCGAUUGGUCUCAUUUCAGGAGGCCGCCAGAUCGGAACUCUUUUUAUUCUCCCGACAGCCGGAUAUCUAUGUACUCGCAAAGAUGUACUGGACGGCUGGCCGGCUAUCUUCUACUUAUCGGCUACAAUUUCCGUGCUGGUCACAGUGUUCUGGAUACCAUUCGGAGCGGACAAGCCAGCCAAACAAAUAUGCAUUUCAAGCAGAGAGAAAGACUUCAUAGAAAGUAGAAUCGCAUGCGAAUCGAUUGGAAAGAGAACAGACAGAACUAGAAGAGUACCGUGAGUAUCUGGCGGAAACGGUGGAGGGAAAAUGUCAAUUUUCAGAUAUGGUGCAAUGCUCCACUCGAAACCGCUGUGGGCCUGCAUAUUCGCUCUCAUCUGUCAUGAAUAUCCACUAGUUAUCAUGCUGCAGUUUCUGCCAAACUACAUGAGAGACGUUCUGGAAUUCGCACCCACUAAAAACGGAAUUAUAGCUGCACUGCCCAUUUUGUGCCUUUUCCUCUCCAAAACAUUUUCUUCCUCCCUCUCAUCUUAUCUCACAACUAAACUCCGUUUUGACAAGACAUUCGUUUGCAAGGUGAGAAUUGAUCGAAACUUUCACUGUUCAGUCACACUUUCUCAGAGUUUCAACGCCGUCGCCUCGGCUGGACUCGCCAUCUGCAUCUUUCUCGUACCCUUCUUCAACAAAGAAAGUGCCUUUCUGGCAGUUUUCUGUCUUUGCGGAGCUAUGAUCUUUGCUGGCCUUCAUACCCCAGGAGUUAUAACUGCAAUGGUCCAACUUGCUCCUGCGUUUUCGGGUAUUAUCACUGGAUGGUCAUUUUUUGCGGUUGCUUGGUUUUCAAUCGGAAACAAGAUUCUCACCAAAUAUAUUGUUCAGUCAGGUACUGGUUCACGUUUAGACGAACAAAUUAUUUUACUUGACAGGCUCCGUCGCCGAAUGGGGAAUGGUUUUCCGAGUUUCAGCUCUCGUAGCCGCUCUGCCGGUCGUUGUUUUCUCUAUUUGGGGUUCUGCCGACAGAGAAGUAAGUCAUCGAGUUUUGAAGCCAUCUAUCUGAUGCACAAAUUAAGUGGUGGGCAGCACCCUCUUCAAAAUGCUCAGUCGCCUCAUUUCACCGCCCAUCAAUCAGAGACAGAAGCCGCGAGGUUUGAUUUUCUUGAUAUUCGCUUCAUUGUUUCUAUUUUCCAGAUGUCCCGAGCCACUUCUUCUACUUCUCUCGGGGAACAGUCGCAAAAAUCUAACAGAAUAAAUAAGUGAAAAGAGCUCACCCGAUUAUCGUUAGUUUUUCUUCUGGGCCGUUGACUCGCCAUAUUUCGCGAGCUGUAAAUCUCAGAUAUUUAUUCACGUUUUCAUGAUCUCUUUUUCUUGAACAUAUAAAAAUAAACGAUGACUUUUAUAAGAAAAUGCGCAUUCACCCGCGUUUCCCCCAACUCCCAACGUUUCCCCCAAUUCACCCGACCCCAUUACCGUUUCAAAUAAACUCGCGGCCAGGCUUCUACUGAAAGAUAAGUAUACAAAUACGGUUGCGGAGCAGAGGGAGAGCUCCAAGUGACACUUAUACGGCACUGCGAGUUUGCAAUACAUUUGUUUUGCGUACUAUUAGCGGGCUUGCGGAGGAUAUGUACGAUUACGCGAAAGGAAGCGCCGUUAAAUAGAAAUUUCGAUGAUUUCGAGUGUCUCAGAACAUCGGAACAGAGCUUCCCGAAAAGAAAUACUCGAUUUUGAUGGAAACGACGGUGCAAAAUUAGGAGAACGAAUGUUUGUUUCAAAAAAAACUUUGUGGAAAUGUGUGCAAUGGAGCGCGUUUGCACCGAUAAAGCGGUUUUAGCAACGAAUUCGUGUGCAAUUUUAGCAACAAGUUCGUGUGCAAUUUUAGCAACGAGUUCGUGUGCAAUUUUAGCAACGAGUUCGUGAAAAAUUGGGUUUGUCAACAGAAAACCGACAAAAGCGAGCAGAUACAUCCGUAUCAACAAAGAAAUUCUUCCUGCUGACCGUCAUCUUUUGAUCCGUCCCCAUCAACGAGCACCUCACUCAAGUAAAAUUUCAAACUUUCCGACUGAGACAACUCAAUUCGAAUCUACUUAGAAAAUUUAAGCGCUUCUGAAGACUUUUUCAAACUUUCUGAAGCAAAAACUUUUCCAAGACUUUUUCACACUUUCUCAAGCACUCAAAACCUUUCCAAGACUUUCUAAGACUUUUUCAAGAAAUUCUCGUCAGGGCCCGUUCCUCCUCGUAAUAUUUACAAAUCUGUCCGAAACAGUUUCGCACCUUACGCAAAAGUGGGCGGCGUGUCCCAUUCGGUCGGAGGCGGCGAUGUGUCCACUCAACAUACAUAGAGUAACCUGUCUCCUCGGCCCGAUCCGCCUGUCAUCCGUCGCUCGCUGCUUGAGCUGACCACAUCGCGAGCUCUCUUAUCACUUCCGUAUGUCAAAUGAACAAAAAUGUGGUUACUGUAUCUACUCCUUCUGAAUCCACUAGUCUUCUGUGUGGAUCUGUUGCCCUCCAAUGUUCAGAAUGUGUGUCCAGUCCGUCCGACCACUUGUAAUCUUCUGUGUCCCUACGGAUACCUUCGCGAUAUUCUUCAACAGUGCGUGUGCACGUGUGCAAUGGAUCCUUGCCAGGUUUUCACUGAAUCUUAUCUCCAGUCCCUCAAUUUGCCCGUUCAGACAACCAUCUGUGGACCUUCGGAAAGCUGCAUCGCCAUCGGAGUAAAACCCCGUUGCAUCCCCAAGUUCGGUAAGUCCACUCGCAGUCAAUUAUGCCCCGCGUGACCGGUCCUUCUCUUCCGAAGAGGUGACAAUUAUCCGGCUGCCUGGCAGCUAGUAAGUACUCAUACAUUUUUGUGUUAUGUCGCAGUCCAACAGUUCUGUGGCGGAAACAUGCAGAAUGUGGAAGAGGAAAAAAGGCAGAUCCAAUAAUUACACUAGGGAUGCGAAACAGGCGAUUUUAGGCGUCUGCGCCUGUUUUUUCAAAGGCGACUCCGUUUUUGCGUUGAAAAAACAGGCGCCUGAUCUGCAUCCCUUAAUUACACACUGGGGAAAAUCGGAUAAAAUCUGUUCAUAGCAAUCCCAUUUUUAGGAUCCAAUCGAGAAGAAUGUCCCAGAUUGACGGGCGGCAUCUGUGCUCUCCGAUGCGAAAAAGACUCGGACUGCAGUGGCCGGCUCGUCUGUUGCUCCAACGGAUGCGGCCGAGAAUGCGUCGAUCCGAUCGCGAAGAGUUUCCCGAUCAGUGCGGACAAACCAAUCCAGCCAGUGUCCAACCUUCCCGGCUCUUUCCAACGGCUCAUCCACGCGGUCUCCAAUAUCGCCACCACCCAUUUCAACAGCACUCCGAUCCCUCCAACCAUCCGAAAUCUGGCCAACACUUUGUUCCCCACAUCUCCUCCAGUUCGACCUCAGAUUCAUACAACUAAAGUGGGACAAUGUCCGUCUCCGACAGGAAAUUUGUCGGUGUGCACCGAUCAGAAAAAAUGCGCGAAUGACAUGGAUUGUGGCAGUGUUGACAAGUGCUGCCCGAACGAAUGUGGCUCCACGUGCAUGGAACCGUUGAAAGCCACCGGGUGCAUUCACAUAGUGUUGGCCAUUUCCAAACUGAGAGAUAAACGUCUUCCGAACGAGUUUGUGCCUUUCUGCGAGCGCAACGGAAGGUUCUCGUCUAUCCAAUGCGACAUCCAAUUCUGUUGGUGCGUGGAUGUUCAUUAUGGGUCCGAAAUCGCAGGAACACGGAUAAGCAGAGAGCAGAGAAGAAUUGACAUGUGUCAAGGUAUUCAGACUCGUUUUUUUAAUGAAUACAAGCAGUGGUUUCAGAACGUCGUCUCUGUGCUCAGAAGUGUCAUAACCAAUGCACUCAUGGCCAUGUAAUGGAUAUGUUCGGCUGUCCCCUGGCCUCCUGUUCCUGCGUGGACAUUUGCAAAGGCGUAAAGUGUGAGCAUAGUUAUGAGCAGUGCCAGCUCGUGGAACCUGAUUGCGCCAAUCCACCAUGCCUUCCUGUUCCCAGAUGUAAACUCCCCGUUCAUUGACCAACAUUAUUCUAAUCUAGUUCAGGCCUUCUCAACCCUUGCCGAUAUGGACCACCGUCUCGUCUUUCGAAUGGGAUCACUGCACUGUGCUCUAAUGACAAAGAUUGUUUAGAAUCAAUAUGUUUCAAAGUGAUCCUAGAGCAUUACUGCUCCAUUGACACCAUUUGUGUUUCAGAUUGGCUACAAUGGUCUUGGCUUCUGCUGCACCGGUCCGGAUUCGUCUACUCGCGACGGAAGAUGUCCUUCCCAGCCAGCAGACAAGCUGAAGUGCUCCCUCUAUUCGGAAAACUCGUGUCAUUCGGAUCACGAGUGCCCCGAAGAAGAGAAAUGUUGUUUCAACGGAUGCACUCUCUCGUGCACGCAACCAGAAGAUUACACUUCGAAGAAGACGGAGAAGCUGACUCCAGUCUCCGCGAUGCAUUACCAACCGGGCGACGUGGAGAAGUACAACAAGGGGCACUUGAGUUCUCUGGUGGCCGACUGUGCUGACGUCAUUGCUACGAACAUCAGCUGCUCAACCGAAUGUCAUUCGGAUUCACAAUGUGCUGGAAUGAAGAGAUGUUGUCGGCAGGGAUGUUCGACUUCUUGCAUGUAUCCAGUCAGGAGCACACGUGAGCUUCUUUCCAGAUGAUUAAUGCAAUCCAUUCUUUUGUAGCGUGCUUCCAUCUGGCGCUCACUGCCGAAUUGUACGCCCUACGAAAUGCGAUGAAGUGUGAUAGAGCUGGCAACUUUGAACAGUUCCAAUGUGACGAUGAAGGAUGUUUUUGUGCGGAUAUAGCGACUGGGGAAGAGUUACCGGGAUCUCGAGCGAUAGGAAGGAAACCGGAUUGUGAAAGUGAGUGACAAGUUCAUUUCUCGCGAGAGCAAUUUGUUUUCUAGGCCGUAAUCCGUGUGAACCUCUCGUUUGUAAAGUGGCGUGUCCUUACGGAUUCGAGAAAGGAUCCAAUUCGUGUCCGACGUGCAAGUGCAAGAAUCCGUGCGAGGAAGUUAAGUGCCCACAAGGAAGUGUGUGCGUGAUGAGCUCCGUCCAAUGCUAUCAGACAGGCAACUGUGUGCCCCAACCAAGAUGCGUCCUGAACUUCUGUCCAUCCGGAGACCCGUAUAUUUCUGGUGUUGGGAACGUCGAGAGCUGCACAAAAGACAAAGAAUGUCCUUCAUCGACGCACUGGUGUCACAGAAUCGGACUCGCUUCAGGAGGAAUCUGCUGCCCAUCGCCUGACCGUGUCCGUCACGCGGGCUCAUGUCCGACUGUUCCGAUCAGCCUGGACGCGAGGAUGUGCAGAGUAUCCUGUAAAGUUGACGACGACUGCAAUGGACAUCAGAAGUGCUGCUUCGAUGGAUGCGGGGCCGCGUGCAGAGACAUCACUACUCCGCUCAUUGAAAUCUCGAAAGAGAUACUUGAGAAGGCUGGCACUUGCAUAUCAGAGCAAAGAGUUCUGUGCAAUCGAUUGGAGUGAGUAGAUGGAUGAAAAAUAGUAGGGAAGAGUGGAAUAAUUCAGAAAAAACACGUGCGAGUAUGACACGGACUGUGCGGGAGUGGCCAAGUGUUGUGAUGAUGGAUGCGUGAAAGCGUGUGCGUAUCCACUUCAGACGAGCAAAUGUCUUGUUCGCAAAACGAAUCUUCAGAAAAUGGGACAGAUGGAUUUGAUCAAGUGUAGACCAGGUGCGCUUUCCCAAACAAAUCUCUUCACUUAAACUCUUCUUCUUUCAGAUGGCUCUUUUGAGCAGAUCCAAUGCGACGUCGAGUUCUGUUGGUGCGUCGAUGAGGAAGGAAAUUACGUGGAAGGCACGAGAACUGGAGAAGACGUCACUCCCAACUGUCCAGGUGGAAACACACGUUUUGAAAAUUCUGAACGAAAUAUUGCAAUUCAGAGCCCUGUGAGAAGCCGGAAUGUAGUCCGAUUGGUUGUGAGUACGGACACAAGAAGGACAAACGUGGAUGCGCAACUUGUGAAUGCGUGGAUCCUUGUGAAGGCGUCGCCUGCCCCGAAGACUCCAUCUGCACCCCUACAACUGUUCCCUGCUUCACUAAACCUUGUCCGACAGUGAGUGAUUUUCCGACCGCUUUUUUUCUCCAUUCCGUCCAUUCAGAUUCCUCGUUGUGUCGUCAAUCAGUGUCCCGUCUCUGAAGUGGUGCGCAACGAGACAACACUGCAGACGAAAAAGUGUUCGAGGAGCAACGACUGCUUCGAUGCGAUGAUGACUACUCACUGCUCAAUGUUGACACAAGACUUUGGAUUCUGUUGUACUGGAGAGCGUAGGUUACCAGUUCGGUCCUUUUUUGAAUUUUUUAAUUUGUAGAACCCGAAACGCAUUCUGGACAUUGUCCGAAGGUGACCGAAUUGAACACGGCCAAGUUUGAAAACUGCCGCCAGGAAUGCAAAACAGACACCGACUGCGAUAAAUCUUCAAAAUGUUGCUGGAAUGGAUGUGGGCUGACCUGUGUCACAUCCAGCUUUCGCCGGGCUACCUCAAUGCUCCUGACUGCUCCGGGCGCACACUUUGGAGAAUGUUUAAAUGUUGCUCCGCUGGGAGCGUUCUGUCUGCAGAGGCCGACAAUUGCGGACUGCAAGAAUGACGACGACUGUCCGUCCCUGCACAAAUGCUGCUCCGACGGCUGCGUGCUGAGAUGCACUCAGCCUCACAAGGCUCCUCUUUGUGUUCAUCAAAGAAUCGCCGGUCUCAGUAUGUCAGAAAACGAUUCGAGCGAUUCGGGCGAGAAAGACACCGGCGUCUUUGUCCCCGAUUGCGACUCUUCCGGAAACUUCGAUGAAGUUCAAUCGCACUUCGGGUUAAUGUGGUGCGUAGAUCGGAACGGACAAGAAGUACCAGGGACAAAAUCAGUGAAAGUUCCCAACUGUGACACUCCUCGUAAUUGUCCGAAUAGGAACUGCUUCACAAACUGUGCACAUGGAUACAAAAGCGAUAACCAAGGCUGUCCUUUGUGCGAGUGCAUCGCUCCGUGCGAGUUCGUGAACUGUCCGGCUGGCAAUGUGUGCCGACUGGUUCCUGUAAAAUGCACAUCUCCGGAGUGUAGACCCAUUGCCAAAUGUGAGUUAUUUCGUAGCUGGCGUUCAUACUUUUUCUGCUAACAGGCAUUCCUAACAUGUGCGGAGCUGGAGAGCCGUUGGCCCUGGAAAACUCGCUGCUGGCCACGUGCUCCCUCAACUCUCCCUGUCCUGCUGGAUACAAUUGCAAGAACAGCGGCUAUUCGGACAUUUCCAUCUGCUGCUCUACUCCUGAAGUUGCCCAACAGUCUCUCCGUUGUCCAGUCAUUCCAGUUAUGAUCGCUUCCGUUGAUGGGUCUUCCUGUGUGGUCGGCUGCAGACAUCAUUACGACUGCACUCAUGCCUCCUGUUGCUUCAAUGGUUGCGGAACAAGUUGCCAAUUUGAAACGAGUAAGUUUAGUACUAUUCUCUCUGAUUUCUGUUAUUCCAUUACAGGACAAUCACCCAUAAAACCCAUAAAAUCUUCAAAAACACCGAAAAUCACACGCCGUCCUAUUUUGAGCUCCCUGAAAAUUGAAAAGAAAGCGUCAAAGAUCCAGAACGUGGUGGUCGAACACCAUGCAAUCCUUCCGGUUUCCCCGGUUCCAUCGAUUGCCAAACUGGGAACUUGUCCCAAAUUACUCAUCAAUCCGGGAUGCGCUGAACAGUGCAGCCAGGAUUCCGACUGCCACGGCUUCCUGAAAUGUUGCGCCGCUUCAUGUGGGACCAUGUGCUCUGCGCCAAGAAUAGCAACUGCCUGCAUCCAUAGACUGAUUGCGUUCGAGUCACAGAUAGCCGCAGAGAUUGUGAAUCUGAUCAUUCCACCUGUUCAGUGCACUCCGGAAGGCCUCUUCAGACGAUAUCAAUGUGACGCCAGGAUAAAGUAAGUUCCACCUUCAAUUCGUAACUUUAAUAACUUAUUUUCUCUCCAGUCAAUGCUGGUGUGUCGAAAUGACGACUGGAGUGGAAGAGAUCGGAACGAGGAUGUUCACAAUCGGACUUCGACCUCCAGACUGCACUAUUCCCAAAAGAUGCUCGAAGGACUGCAGUGCAAUGAACUGCCCGUACGGAGUGAGAACCGAUGGAAGUGGAUGUCCGGCCAACGGUGUUUGUGAAUGCAAUAAUAUCUGUAAUGUAGGUUAUCCUUAUUCUGAUGACAACUGUUUCGUUCUCUGUUUCAGUCGUUCAACUGCCCGUUCAACAUGGAAUGCGCACUCCAUCGCGUCGAAUGCACUUCCAAUCCCUGUCCGGAUGUUCCCUCUUGCGUGGAAGUUUCCUGUCCGAUUCCUCAGAGGGACCUUUAUCGGAACGUCAUUCUCUGCGAAACUGACGGCGGAUGUGGCAAGAACUCAAAAUGCAUCCUGAAUCCAAAAACUGAGGUCGUAAAACUCUUCUAGCUGUGAAAUAACUGUUUGUUUACAGACUGGUGUAUGCUGCCACCAGAAGCCAACUCAAUCUUCUGUUCUCAAUCUCAUUUCACCUGCAAUUGUGGCUGCAAUCCCAAAUUUUUCCCGGACGGAGACAACUACAGUAGUUGGCUCUCCAGAGGACGUUCCGGUGGUAAUUGAAGCCGUUCCGAUGUCUUUAGCAACAAGUAAAAAUUCAGACAUCUCCUUUAGUUUCUAGUGUGACUUCCAGAUUGUACGACAAUGCGAAUCGCCCUCGAAUACCUGAAUCAGAACGGCGCCGUUUUGAAAUCCCCGCUCCCUCGUUGUAGCAAAAAUGGAAACUACGAAAUGACGCAAUGCGACAAUAAGCGAUGCUGGUGCGUCGACGAAUUCAGCGGAGAAGAGGUUCACGGAACGAGAAAGAAGAAGACGAAGAAUGCGUGCAAAUGUGAGUGAAAAACAUGUGUGGGAAGCAUCGGAAUAUGCGAGUGUUACAGCCCAAUCCAUGUGCCUGUCCAAGUGCUCGGCGAGCCUCUGUCCCUACGGUCUUCUUCUCGAUGCUGUCGGUUGUCCCCGUUCGGAAUGCAUCUGCAAAUCGGCGUGCGAACAUGUUGACUGUCCGAACGGAAACGUUUGUAUUCUGAGGAAGGCCGACUGCCCGGAUAAGUGGUGUCUGCCUGUGCCCACAUGCGAAAAGUCACCAUGUAAUAGCGGACUGCGGCCGUUGGUGGAGACGAGAACGAGACAACAGUACUCUUGCACUCAGAAUACGGUCUGUCCCAUCGGGUAUUACUGUACUGCCUUUGAUGAGAAUAUGCACGGAGUGUGCUGUCCGGGGACUGAUUCCAUCAAGAGUAUCGGGGAGAAAGAUGGGUUGUCGUGUCCGCACGGAGAUCCGUUCUCUUCUCUCUCAGACGGAACUCCAUUAUCCUGUACUGUUCUGACGAAUGGGUGAGUGCUCGCUUCUUUUUCGAAAAACUUCAUGUCAUUCCUACAGAUGUCCGCCCACGCAUUAUUGCUCCACAAUGCCUGGACGUAAAUCGGGCAUCUGUUGUGUCUCGAAACGGUACGUUUGCAACCUGCAACGAGAUGCAGGACCUUGCACCGCCGUCGUCUCCCGAUACUUUUAUUCCUCGAUCACGCACACUUGUGCUUCAUUCGACUACGGAGGCUGCUCGGGAAAUUUGAAUAACUUCGCCACUCGCGACGACUGCGAUAACUUCUGCGCCGGUGAGCACGCCGAAAAAAGAAUGAAAUCAUAGGUGAAAGACGAAUUUGACUGCAGGCAUCGGACUUGAUCUCUCAUCUCCGUACGACCACGCGAAUGCUCCGAUGCCCGUCGAAUCCUAUCAGAUUGCCUUCUCGCUUUCAGGAGGAACCAUUCCAGAAAAGAAGAUGCAAGAUGCGGAAAUGUGGGAGAAAGAAAAGAAAAUAAUAUUAUGAUUUCCUUUCAGUCAACUGAUAAACAUGCUCGUUGAUCGAUUUGGAAUCCCGCGUGGAUCCAUAGAAGACGUUUUUAUCCGCACGGACAACACUGUCAAGUUCACGAUUCGAGAUGUGGAUGCCCGAAGGUUCGCGCGGGAAGUGUCAGAGAAAGUGUCGAGUGGAGAGUUGGUGAUGACGUUGGCAGGGCAGAGAGUGACUGCUGAGCCCCACACGCUGACAGCCCUUCAUGUUUCAAGUGAAACACGCAAUACUGGCCACGUAGUCUUAUACGGUACGUGCUUGAAAUAUCAACAUUUCUAUGAUGAAUGCGUUGCAGCUGUCCUCCUAGCUGCUUCCAUUUUUCUGCUGUGUGUCAUAUGCCUGUUCUGUUUCUCUUGUGUAAGUAUUCAACCAGCCAGUCUUUAUAUUUCAUGUUUCGUUUUCAGUUCUGCUACUAUCGAAAUCAACCGAAAGAAAGGGCCCACACCCCGUCGAACACGACCACAAUCACCGAGAGUCGUGGGCGGCAGUCGCAGCUCAGACGGGUCUUCUCCCGGGACGACGUCUCCGUCUGCUCCGAUUUCAACCGCCCUCCGAUGCACGACGUCUCCAUCCUGAAUCGAGAUCGCCCUCCCCGCUCGCAAAGCUGGCUUUCCAUCGGUUAA